CAUCAUGGUGACUGACGUUGCACGAGCGCCUUUGUGUAGUAGUAAAGAACUUCUUCUACUUCAAGUAUGACAGGUUGACACAGUAAUACUAGUAAUUGUAGGGAUAUUUGACAAGAGGUGUUUGUCUGGUUCGGUUGUUUGAACAAAAAAACAAUGUCUGCCAAUGAAGAUCAAGAGAUGGAGCUGGAAGCUCUUCGUUCUAUAUAUGAAGGAGAUGAGUGCUUCAAGGAACUCAGUCCGACGUCUUUCCAGUUUAGAAUAGGAGAUCAGGAAGACACCAAAGCUUUUCUUUUGGACGUCUCAUGGCCGGAGACAUAUCCUGAAACUGCCCCUCAAUUAACCUUACAAGCCUUUUUCAACAAUAGAAUAUCUCCAACCACAAAGCAGGAGAUCAUCUCUAAGCUAGAGGAGCAGGUGGAGGCCAACCUGGGAACAGCCAUGAUGUACACACUGUUUGAAUGGGCCAAAGAAAACCAGGCGGAUCUGAUGGAGAAUCACCAGCCUGUGAAGGAUGCAGUGACUCUCAACCCCAGCAAUGACACCUCGAGUCCUGUGUCUGUAAAGAAGAAGGAGAAGAAAGAGCAGCUGACCAAAGCACAGAAGAGGAAGAUGAUUUCACGUACAGAUAAUAAAGGAGAGCUUCCUCGAGGUUGGAACUGGGUAGAUGUCAUCAAGGUAAAUUAAGACUUUGCUUUGCGAAAUCACAAUCAUUUGAGAUUAACAUUCUACUUUGUCAUCUAGCCAGAUAAAGCAUAAUGGGCAACUAUAACUUUGUUCCAGUAGGGGGCGAUAUAUGACCUUUUCUUGAAACCUUGCAACCUAGUUGACUUUUCUCUUUCCUCCCCCACAUAAUCUGUCAUCUUGUCAACGAUGAACAUUCCACAUCAGCAUGUAAGCACAUUUUUUUUUAAAGUUUUAUUUUGAGCACUCUAUCUCAUUCAUUAUAUUCAACGCCCUGCUACUGUAUGUCAUUUACAUGUGAAGGCGUGCCAUUAAAAGAUGUAGUAAUGCUGUCUUAACACAUCCUUACUACAGCUGAGCAAAACGGGAGGAGCCGCAGAUGACUAGACGACCAGCAGACGAACGGAAGGAGGCAGAGAUGGGGAAAGAUGGAUGGAGGGAUGGAUGAAUGGAUGAGGUGGUGAAGAGGUCUUAAGUGGAAGGUUGGAGGACUGACACUGUCCGUCUCGCGUUUUCUGGAGAGAGUACAGAGUGCAGUACAGUGCAGUACGACCUCUCGCCACACUCGCUUCAGACAGGGUUAUGUGAGAACCUCCAGAAGAUGGGUCUCUCUUUGCAUUGGGGGGACUGUCAGGCCACUGCACGGAUGUUUAGCUUUUUCAAGGUCAUGUGAGCAAGGGGUAAGACUGAGAAGUCUCAAGCAGCUUUGCUGUUCCCUCUGCUGUCUGCUCUUGGGUGUUUUUUUUGCUGUGCAAUUUAGGUAAAGUUGCGGAGUGUGUGUAAGUGUGAGAGAGAGUGUGUCUGUGUGAGAGAGAGAGACCGAGAGAGAGAGGGAGAAAGAAAGAGAGAGAAAGAGAGAGAGUGUGUUUGCGUAUGCGUUUGUGUGUUUGUGUCUAAACGUCUAUGAGUUGUAUCUGAGUGUGUUUGUAUCAUUUGUAUGAGUUUCCCUUGCAGUAUCAUGACGAUGCCAUACAUACAAAUGUGUUGAUAGUCCAAUCGGGCAGGCUGCCAGUCUCCUUAUCCAAUGGUAGAUGCCAUCCCACUCAGAACUCUCACCUACCUCAAGUGUAAAGGUGGAAGAAGAAACCCAAAAUGAGUGAGACAAACAAGGUCAAGAUCCAGACAUGGAACUCACAAGAGCGGAAGACUAGGCCUACACAUUCAUUCUUGUUCUCAUAGGCUUCAGUGAUUGAUUGAAUUUAAUGACGCCUGUUAUUUUAUUUAAAUUCUGGCUGGUGUGCAAUGAUUAACUAAAUGGAAACGUGCUGGAAACAGACCUGAAAUAAAGGACCUUUCCUUGUAGGCUUGACACUGUGUGUGAAAGGAACACUUUUUAAAAUAAAAGACUUUAUAACCUA